GCUGAAUAGCUCAGCAACACUAGUCCUUGUCUCACCAGCUCCUCAAAGCUGUCUUCCCUCAUCCACCUCCAUCCAUCCAGCCAACCAACAACUUAGACCGAACAUCAACAAUAAUCUCCUCGUCUUUUUUUUUCUUUUUUGCUCUAGUAAAGCAUAUCCAUAGUAAAACAAAAAACAAAGAAAGAAAGAAAGUGUUUAUAUAAAAAGAUGGCUCCUCGUAAAGCGAACAAGAAUGUUGAAAAAAAAUUGACUGAAACAGUACUCUUACCGAAUGAUGAGCGGAUGCUGGAAGGAUCGCCGAUUCCGUGGAGCCAUCUGUUUGAGCUAGCACGCUUCUACCAAUCAUUCAGUGCGGAGGAGCAGGCGAAGAUCAAGCUAUCGAGUUGGGUGGAGGCGGCGAAGAAGGUGGCCAACCCGGCCGAGCUUCCGGAGCAACUGUUCGCAGGCUCGAAGAGGAGUGGGAAGAUCGACCGACUGGCCAGGAUCGCCGGGCCAUUGAAGGAACUCUUCAAGCGAGCCCAGCCGAAGAAGACGCCGGAGGAGGAGGAGGAGCACACCCUAGCAGACAUCCAGAAGCUCAUCGGCUGCUCAAUCAACUUGGAUCUCUCCAAGCGAACCGAUAACAGUCCUCUGGCCUUCAUCCCCAGACUCAACCCUCCAGCCUUCUGCAAACCGAACCAACUCAAUCGGUCCUAUGGCGCACAUCGCUUCAUCCAUCUCAAACUCUCCGAUCAACUCAGCUCUCGCCUCAGACCUCGCGCUUCCAAUCGAACCGCCCUCCAGAAAUCAUUCAGGGAGUUCAUCCAUGCGCCCAUCAGAAUCGGAAAUAGGCUGUUCUACUUCUUUCUCAGGAAGGAGAAUUGUCUGUGGUUCGUCGCCUCAGAAGAACCAGGUUGGGAAUCGACCAAGGUUUUCAUCAACGAGCUCUUAGAUCUCAAGAUCAAUAAGGACAUGACGGUGGCCAAAUGGGCGGCACGCACCUCUCUCCUUCUAUCUGCUACCCAAUCAUCCAUUGAUAUCGACCCUGAAGAUAUCAGGAGGGUUCCGGACUUGUAUUCUGAUAGCUUGGUGAUCUCAAAAGACUUGCUCAGCUCGGUUGCUGACACGCUUGGCUUAAGCUAUCUUCCAUCUUGUAUCGAAGGCUCGAUCAGAAACCAAGCGUUUGUGUGGAGACUUGGUCCACCCAGCAAGGACGAGAAGAUCCAACUGUGGGAGGACCAGCUCGGCAAGGCCUCCAAACAUGUGUUCAUCAAGUUCAGAGCCCGGCCCUACGAGUUCCACCAAAAGAGGUUUGUCCUCCAAGAGGAAUCUUUCACCAUCUUGCUUGAUCAGUGCUUGUCCAUGGGCCCUCGCCCGCCUGGGAAGUCUGAAAUCAUGACCGAUGGCGCUGGAAUCAUCAGUCGGGCUGCCGCUACCCGGGUUUGUGAGUCACUGGGAAGAAAGUAUGAUACUUUGCCGUCUGCAUAUCAGGCUCGAAUAGGUUUUUCUAAAGGUCUUUGGGUAGUCCCGCCAGAAUAUUCUGCGCACAAUAUUACUCCCUGGAUCGAAAUCCGAGACAGUCAAUGGAAAGCUGAGCCUAUUGAAGGCUAUACGUUCCAUUUCAACCUAUGUCGAAUCAGUCGUUCAGUUACCAGCAGCUCAUUAGGAAAGCAAUUACUACCAGUUCUAUCCGCUCGUGGGGUGCAAAACAAGACGGUCUGUUCAGCCUUAGAGGAACACAUCACCUCGACGAUCAGCGAUCUGAACUCGGCCGACCCGCUCAGAUUGGCAGAGGUGCUGAGCCGCUCCGGAGGACUCAAACAAACCAGAAGGGCCAUCCUCGACCGGAUCUCGAACGUCCAACACAAUCCGACUGCCUACAGAACCUAUGGAAACGACCCCGUUGCCCCGAAUAUCGAUCCGGAAUAUGGCGAAAGUUGGGCGUUCACUACCGAUGGGCUUCAUGCUAUGUCGCUUGUUCCCUUCCAUGCUGAGGAACAAGUCAUCAGUAUGUUGGCCGCUGGUUUCGAACCUAGAAAUCGUUACAUCGUCACUAAGCUGCGGAAAAUUAAGGAGGAUAAAAUUAGCAAUGCGAUCAAAUUCAGAGUGCCAAUUGCACAAAGUACCUACCUGUAUGUGAUGCCAGACCCGACCGGGACAUUAAAAGAGGAUGAAGCGUUUCUUCAAUUCUCUUCCUUUGAAGAUUAUCAGACCGGGAUCAAGCUCUCAAACCUAGUUUGUCCGGCCAUAGUUUCGCGAUCUCCUUGUGUAGCCUCAAUUGAUGCCCGGAAGAUCAACUUAGUGGACAAUGACAUACUGAGGGAUGUUUACUAUGACGUUCUGGUUUGUUCUAUCCAAGGGAAAACAUCUCUCCUGAGUUUGUUGUCUGGUGGUGAUUAUGAUGGUGAUCAGGUCAUGGUGAUCUGGGAUCCGGUGCUUGUCCAGCAGUUCCACAAUGUGGACUUGGAUAAACAUCCUCGGAUAGUUACUGAUGAGCUCUUUGAACCUGUUCAGCUUGGAACGGUUGAGGAAUGUCUUCUGGAAGCUUAUGAAAAUAAUCCUGAAGAGUUUGUCAAGACGGCUCAAUUGAUCCAAGCUGCUGGUUUAUUCACACCAAAUGAUGCUGGUUCUUACUCCAUCAAACACACCAUGGCCGAAUACCUUUUCGGCCUUGAUAAUCCAUUAACCCAAAAGUUGGGUGAGGUUUAUGUGAAGUGUCUUGAUGCACCCAAAGCAGGAACCCAACUGAAAGCUGAGGCAGAUCUUCUCCUCAAGAAAGAGUAUGAAACUGCAUUGGACAAGGUGACUUUCCCAAACGGAAAGAAAAUCAUCCACUUUCCAGUCAAGAGCUAUCCAAUCCCUAAGUAUCUUUCUGGGGAUCCUAAAUUUUCUUUCAAUGGCGCAGCAAGAGCCAUUCGAUUUGAAUUUAGUGGAAAACCACACAUCCUUGAUGAGAUAUUGAAGAUGGGAUAUGCUCUCUUGAAAACCUAUAAGGAAGAGCUGGAUUCUAAAGAUAUUGUAACUCAUCAGGAACGUUUCCAUGAUCGAGAUGAAGAUCUGUCUCAAUUCUUUUUGGAGAGGAAACGGUUCUAUGAAUUCAACAGGAGUGAACCAGGUGCUUGUGAGAUUUGGAUUGGUAUUCUCCGUCCAUUACAAAGAGCAAUCAGGAACAUUGCUGGUGAAUGGGGAAAGGCAAUUGCUGAAGGUGCAAACGCACAUGUCCGGGAUAAGAUUUGGGAAUCUGAGUAUGGACCUGGAACUGGAGGCUCUGGUAAAAACAGCAAACAUGCUUAUGAUGUCCAAAAGAAAUAUGAUGAAUUGAGUUACAGUAAAGCGUUUGAGUAUCAACCAGGGCCAGAAGAGAUGGAGCUUUACAAGUUUGAUCUGGACGAAUUCAAGUUGACAAUCGACCUUUAUUUACAAGGCUUGGGUCCAACUGGUUAUGCACUUCUCAAAGCUUCUUGUUUAGCAAUGUGCUGCAAUCCUGAGUCAUUUUGUCCCUAUGAUAUUGCUUUUAGAGAGAUUUGUCAUUUGAAAACUCUAGCAAGACAGAAAAAGACACACUUGACCUCUACAGGGGAAACAGACAUGAUUGAUAUCCGAGCCCCAAAAUCGAUUGUUACAACUUCAUAUCUCACAAAUGUUGUAAAACAAGGCACUCUUUUGGGCCGCUCCAAGCCUCAAGCCCAUUCAGAUCCAGUCUAAUCUCACUUACUUCUUCUAUCACCUUGUACACCUUUUUGUUUCUGUAGGAAGUCCCCCCCCCCAAAAAAAAAUGAAACUUAAAAAAUCAAGACCAGUUGUAAAAUCAUUUUAUUUCCAUUCUCUAUCAUGGUUCUUAUGAAAUUGUGUCUGUACAUUCUCU